GGCGUCAUUUCUCCUUCAGUUUGCAGCCCGCGUUGGCUGGAGGUGACUCGAGAUUAGAGAUGUCGCAGAAGCGCCCUCCAGAAGACUCGAAGGCUCCUUUUGCGCAGCGGAUCGACCCCAAAAAGGAGCCGCUGAACCAGGAUCAGGCUUCCUACAUCCGUAGAGCGGAGCUCGCCCAGUGGCAGAACAAAUUUAAGAAAAUGCGAGCACGCAACAUUUUGACUGGCCUGAGCAUCGGCGCAAUGGUGAUGGGUAUCUAUGGGUACACAUUCUACUCGUUUUCCCAAGAGAAGUUCCUGGAUGAACUGGAAAGCGAUGCCAAACUGGCGAGGACCUCGGCUAACUAGCAACUGGACUUCAGGCGGACUUUUCCUCUUUUUUUUAUUUUAAUUUUUUCGCCACCUAAGUCUCUAGAAGUCGAGAAGCAUGUAACUCCUCCUGCAGGCCGACUCUUCUGGGUUGAUGGGUUGUUUGGGCACUUAAAACGGAGCUCAGGGACUUUCUUUAUAUGUGUGGAGGAUUCUGUCAGUCAUGGCGGUUGUGUUUCCAUGCAGGACUGGAGUUUGCGUGGCACAUUAAUCAGAUAUUCACGUCAGGCUGUUCUCUAAUGUACUUGUGCUGUGCUCCUUCAUCAUAAAACAUGGGCUUUGCAAGCUUUCUGUGUGGAAGUCCAAGCAAUUCAUUUCAAUAAUUAUGAGACUGUGUGGAAAAAUCUGUUGACGGGGAGACCGAAUGGGGGAAAAAGAAAAUGGAGAGAGGCAGCACCUUGAAUCUGAGCGCCUGACCGCCUCUCGUGAGGCGGAAAAGGGCAGAGCGGGACCCUUCAUCGUGGGGGAGAUUUUUGUGAGCGACGAUUAAUAAAGCAAGUGUGAAAGUCGGGUCCAUGUUGAACUUUA